AAAAGAAGAAAUCAAAGACUCACAAGUCUCAUAAGGUAAAAGAUACAGACACACCUCCUUUAGUAUCAGUUCCUACUUCCAAAAAAGAAAAGCAAAGUUUGAAGCCCCUAUCACAGAAUAAACAAUCCCGCUUAGAAAAAAUUAUUAAAAAAAUUAUUGAGGAG